CGCCCGCACCCGCUCUCACUAGUCGAACGGUGCCCGACCGGUAACGUAGCGCCGACUGCCGAUCGAGAGACGAACCAGCGACAAUGUCCGCCGUGGCGAAGACUUCCAAAUACACCUACCGCAGCAGCGGCGGUGGCACCACCGACGUCAACAUCGAGUACAGCGCCGACCUGAGUGCUCUCUCCAGGCUGGAGGACAAAAUCCGUCUCCUCCAUGAUGAUCUGGAAUCCGAAAGGGAGCUGCGUCAGAGGAUCGAGAGGGAGAAGGCAGAUUUGAGCGUGCAAGUUAUCCAACUGUCUGAGAGGCUGGAGGAAGCUGAAGGCGGUGCCGAGAGUCAGUUCGAGAUCAACAGAAAACGCGACACCGAACUUACCAAGCUCCGCAAGCUCCUGGAAGAUGUCCACCUUGAGUCCGAGGAGACCGCCCACCUGCUCAAGAGGAAACACCAGGAAAUCGUGGUCGACUUCCAGGAACAAAUCGACCAGCUUACCAAAAGCAGAGCCAGGUCCGAGAAGGAGAAGUCCAAAUUCCAGGCUGAAGUCUACGAGCUGUUGGCCCAGGUGGAGAAUGUAACCAAGGAGAAGAUCACCAUCUCCAAGACAUGCGAGAAGCUGGAGAUCACCAUCAGCGAGCUGCACAUCAAGAUCGAGGAGCUGAACCGCACCAUUGUGGACAUCACCUCCCACAAGCAGCGCCUGUCUCAGGAGAAUGUUGAGCUCAUCAAGGAAGUUCAGGACCUUAAGGUGAACAUUGAGAACGUGGUGUACCUUAGGAGCCAGCUGGCCAGCCAGCUCGAGGACUCUCGCCGCAGGCUUGAGGAUGAGGAGAGGAGGCGUUCUCUGCUGGAGGCUAGCCUCCACCAGGUUGAGAUCGACUUGGAGUCCGUCCGCGUCCAGUACGAGGAGGAAUCCGAGGCCCGUUUGGACCUGGAACGUCAACUGGUCAAGGCCAAUGGCGAAGUUGGCCACUGGCGCUCCAAGUUCGAGGCUGAGGCUUCCGCCAGGGCUGAGGAGAUCGAGGAGAUCCGCCGCAAGUACUCCAUCCGCAUCCAGGAGCAGGAGGAACAGAUCGAGACCCUCAUCGCCAAGAUCAGCAACAUUGAGAAACAGAAGUCUCGUCUGCAGAGCGAGGUUGAGGUACUCAUCAUCGACCUGGAGAAGGCCAACGGAACCGCUCGGGAGCUCCAGAAGAGGACUGAACAGCUGGAACGCGUCAACAUUGAGAUUAAGUCGCGCCUGGAGGAAACCGUACAGCUGUACGAGCAGACCCAGCGUGACCUGCGCAUCAAGAUCACCGAAAUCCAGCGCAUCACCCAUGAGCUCGACAAAACUCGUGAGCAGAAGGAUGCCCUUGGCCGCGAGAACAAGAAGCUGGGUGAUGACUUGCACGACGCCCGCGCUAAUCUCACCGAGUUGAACCGCCGUCUUCACGAGCUCGAGAUCGAGCUGCGCCGUCUUGAGAACGAGCGAGAGGAACUCACCGCUGCCUACAAGGAGGCUGAGGCUGGCCGCAAGGCUGAGGAGCAGCGUGCCAUGAGGCUGACCACCGAACUGGGUCAGUUCCGUCACGAGGCCGAGCGUCGCCUCCAGGAGAAGGAAGAGGAAAUCGAAGCUAUCCGCAAGCAGACCAGCAUCGAGAUCGAGCAGUUGAACGCUCGCGUGGUCGAGGCUGAGACCAAGCUGAAGUCUGAGGUCACCCGCAUCAAGAAGAAGCUCCAGAUCCAGAUCACCGAGCUCGAGCUCUCUCUUGACGUUGCCAACAAGACCAACAUUGAUCUCCAGAAGACCAUCAAGAAGCAGUCUCUGCAGCUCACCGAGAUCCAGACCCACUACGAUGAGGUCCAGAGGCAGCUCCAGGUGACGCUUGACCAGUACGGCGUCGCCCAGCGCAGGAUACAGUCCCUCACCGGCGAGGUCGAGGAGAUCCGUGGCAACUACGAGCAGGCCCUUCGCGCUAAGCGCACCGUCGAACAGUCUUACGAGGAGGCUGUCACCCGCAUCAAUGAGCUGACCGUGAUCAACGUCAACCUGUCCAGCAACAAGGCUAAGAUCGAGCAGGAGCUCGCAGCCGUCGCUGCCGACUACGAUGAGAUCACCAAGGAGCUGCGCAUUGCUGACGAGAGAUACCAGCGCGUCCAGACUGAACUGAAACACACCGUCGAGCACCUCCACGAGGAGCAGGAGAGGAUCGUCAAGAUCGAAGCCGUCAAGAAGUCUCUCGAAAUCGAAGUCAAGAACAUCUCCGUUCGCCUGGAGGAGGUUGAGGCUAACGCCAUUGUUGGUGGCAAGCGCAUCAUCAGCAAACUUGAGGCCCGCAUCAAGGACAUGGAACUGGAAAUGGAUGAGGAGAAGAGGAGGCACGCUGAGACCAUCAAGAUCCUCCGCAAGAAGGAGCGCCAGCUCAAGGAGGUCAUGAUCCAGUGCGAGGAGGACCAGAAGAACAUCGUUCUCCUGCAGGACUCCCUCGAAAAGACCACCCAGAAGGUCAACAUUUACAAGAGGCAGCUGACAGAACAGGAGGGCAUGUCCCAGCAGAACGUGACCAGAGUGCGACGAUUCCAGCGCGAGUUGGAAGCCGCCGAGGACCGCGCCGACUGCGCCGAGAGCAACCUGUCUCUGAUCCGCGCCAAGCACCGCACCUUCGUCACCACCUCUACCGUGCCUGGCUCCCAGGUCUACCUGGUGCAGGAGUCUCGCGCCAUGAGCUCAGAGCGCCUGUGAGCGCCCCAACCCCAGCCCCACCACACCAGCAUUUCUCUCCAUCUUUCAAUAUCGGGGCGCAAUUCCGGUCGGGUAUAAUAAGCCUAGUCGUUCGUUAAGUGAUGUACAAGCGGCAGGAGACGCUAGUGCGAGUGCGCAGUGGCGUCCCCUGCGCAGCUGCGAGUCGGGACGGGCGCUCGGCGCUACGGCUCGCCCUAACGUUGCCGUGUCUCCGCACUACUUCGGCCAAACGCCGACCGCUCGUCCCAAUGGACGUUUUUAAAUGUAACGCUAAUUCAACCAAAUAAAGGAACCAAAAACAUGAAGCUUUUUUUUUCAAUAUUUUUCUAAUAUAAGGUCACCGGCGCUAUAGAAUACAAUGUCAUUAUGUACCGUAAUUUAGGUGCAGUAGUUUAAAAUAAAAGAAUUAUUUUAUAUUAUUAUUUAUUAAUGGUGCAAUACAUAUUGUACGUUUGUAACUGUAACUUUUAAUAAUUAAAAAUAAAUGCUAUUUAUGUUAAAGAAACAAAAAAAGCAAUAAAACUUCAAAAGUAA